CACGUCAAGCUGGCUUCUGUGUCCUUACCAGCUCUGCCAUUAUUCUUUAACUGUACCCUGACUUUCUGAACCCAAACGACAUUGUUGCGGGCUUACUUUGCAUCUUCCUUGUACCCUGCCCAUGCCCUGCCAGAGAAAGGAAGUGAGGAGCUGACCCUUCGCUUCCUGUAAUGACCCCUCUUUGCCUUGAUCUCUGACUUCAAUGCAGCGGGACCCGCUAAUGGCAGGGGCGACGGUCUAGCGGUUGCCAUGGAGACCGCAGAGCCACCGUGCACCAGGAAGCUAUGACGUCAUUGCCGGAGCAAGUGCAGCGGCCUCCAUCAUCACAUCCUGGUCUUUAACUCUGCCACGGGGCACAUGAGGGCGUGCCAGCACUGGGCCAGCAGUGAGAGGUGACCUACUCCAACUUGCCAACCCACGACACUCAAAUAGGGUGGCAGCAGCAGCAGGGAGACCAGCGGUCUUGGUCUCGGGUCCACAGAGAUUGUCAAGGGCACCAGCAGUGCAGCAGAGUCUGAGUCAUCAAACUCUCCUUGGAGCGGCCUUGCCCAGGACCUGGGAGCCACGGCCACCCAGCUCCAAUUCCGUGGCCAACGUGAGCCACUAGGAACUUCCAUGAGUGAGCUCUGACGGGGCAGGCUGAAGAAGGCUGGGUUCCCCUUGACUGAGUUGGACCAGUUGGGUCUAUUAGUAGCCUCACCCGUGAGGCCUCGUUUUCACAUCAUCCUCAGAAAGAGCUCUCGGCACCCGGGAUCCUUCCGUGGGUUCUCGAGGCAGCUCCACCGCGCAGCAGCGCGCACACAGCUGCCUCAAGGAGCGGGGCAAGAUGGUAUUUGGAGUCCAGGACAUUGUAUUGUUAGAACAUGCAUGCAAGGCCUUGGAGGUGGACAGUUACAAGUCCCUGAUGAUCCUGGGGAUCUCAGAGGACUGUAGCCACCAGGAAUUUUAAGACAUCGUACGGGGCCCCCUGAAACCACUAGGCAAGUUCGAAGUGGCUGGGAAGGCCUUUAUGGAGGAAGAUAGAUCCAAGGCAGCUGUCAUUAGGUUGGCAGAGGACCUCAAUUACGACGUAGUUCCCAGGGAGAUCAAGGGUAAGGAAGGUAUGUGGAGAGUGGUCUACAUGCCCAAAUGGCAGGACAUCGAAUUCCUCACCAAGCUCAAUUUGUUCCUGCGGGGAGAGUGCAGGAUGGUAGAGGACAUGACCUGAGUCCUCAGGCGGGAGCUGUGUCCCACCACAAUAGGUCCUGGAGAGCUGCCUUCCAGGAAGUGCUGCCUGUCUCCACAGGGGGAGAAUGCAGACCAGGGGGCCGCCGCCAAGGGGGAUGGGAUGCCCCCUCUUGAGGACCCAGAGAAAGAGAGCAAGGCUGAAGAGGGCAAGAAGGGCAAGAAGAAAAACAAGAAAAGUCGGCGCCGACAGCAGGCUUCUGAGAAGCUGUGAGGUGAUGUUAGAUGAGUGUGUAUGGGGGGCGGGCUUUGCGGAGGGAGGGUGGGAGUCAUCUGAGUGGGUACGCGAUGACUGUGGGAGGGCACAUAGCAUUGAGAGUGAGUGUGGAUAGGAGGUGAUGGACCAGUAAGUGGAUGACUUCUGAGUCAGAAUGAGUAUCACCCGAGUGUUGCCCGUGGCAUCUUUUUUUUUUUUUUUUAAGAUUUAUUUAUUUAUUAUAUAUACAGUGUAAUGUCUGCAUGUAUCCCUGCAGGCCAGAAGAGGGCACCAGAUCUCAUUACAGAUGGUUGUGAGCCACCAUGUGGUUGCUGGGAAUUGAACUCGGGACCUCUGGAAGAACAGCCAGUGUUCUUAACCGUUGAGCCAUCUGUCCAGCCCGCGCGUGGCAUUUGACUUCGUGAAGAAAGCUUAUUUAUUUUGGUCAAUGCUGAGAAUUGUGCGAGGGCUUUGAGCAUGCUAUUCAAGUGCUCUAUCAGUAAACCAUUCACCCAGCCCCCUCACUAGGUGAUUCUAGGCAAACUCUCUGUUAACGAGCUAUGACUACAGUGUGAGCCUGGUACUUUUAUCUAAGUGAACUUGUGGACUACAGUUGAGUGGGUGUGGCUAACAUUCGGUUGAGUGUGGGUCAUCUCUUCCUUUUUUUUUUUUCGUUCACUCUACAUAUGUCUAUUCCAUACCUACUGUAUCCCAGAAUGGUACUUGGAUCUUGGAAUAAAGAGGGAUGAAAAAUCCGCGUCUGUGACACUUGUAAUAAUGGUGUUACUUGGAUACAUCUAAGUGAGCAGAGUUUUCAUUUAAGUAAAUUUGGAUAAAGUUGAGGGGUCAUAUAUGGUUGCGUGUGGGACACUUUAUUCAUUCAACCAACAAAAUUUUCCUGAGCAUCUACAAUGUUCCAGGUACAGGACACACGGUCAAUGAUUUUUAGCCUUGCCCUCAUGGCUCUAAUUCUGUAUUUGAGGAAUUGUGGGUAACAUUUGAGAACAGGAAAGUGUGUGUGUGGGGGUGGGUAUUGCUGGAGUGAGGGAGAGCAACUUCUGAUCGAGAAGGGUCCAGAGACUUGUAAAAGACUUUUAGCAACUUGGAGGCCAGCAGGACCAGCCCCGCAGAGGGAACCAAAUCCACAACUGUGCAUGUGACUGUUGCCAUAGAGACCACAGUGGGGACAGGUGGCCUGCUAACCAUUGCCUGAAGAGAAGAUCCACAAUGGCAAGCUUUUGGAAGCGUUUUGCUAGACUUGCCAAAACCGGAGCUGACCCUGGAAGAACCUGUCGUGAAGAUCCUGGCUGGGAACAAGGGUUACUAUUCUUCUUUCGCCAGAGGCUUGGUGUUGGAGACAGUUCAUAAACCAUGGUUGACAUGUGGGCUCCCCACUGGCUCCACUGAGGACUUUGCUGUUCUGUAUAUAUCCCUGAAAAGCUGUGGCUGUUCAAUGCAACUCUCCCUUACUGAAGGUAGGGUUAGGGGUGAAGCCCCAUUGGCACCUGAGAUAUAAGCAUGUAUGUCUCCCCAAAUUAAAAUCCAGGAAUCAUG